AUGGUGGUAGACACGGCCUACUACGACACCCUCGGGGUCAAGCCGACGGCCACUGAGCUCGAAAUCAAAAAGGCCUAUCGCAAGCUCGCCAUCGUCCACCAUCCGGACAAGAACCCCAACGACCCCAACGCUCACGCCAAGUUUCAAGAAAUCGGCGAAGCUUACCAAGUUCUAUCUGACGAAGACCUCCGCAAGGCCUACGACAAAUAUGGCAAAGAAUCUGCCCGCCCAACCGAGGGGUUCGUCGACCCAGCCGAGUUCUUCUCGAGCAUCUUUGGCGGCGAGUCUUUUGUCGACUGGAUUGGCGAGAUCAGCCUUAUGAAGGAUUUGACCGCCACCAUGGACAUUACCAUGUCUGCUGAGGAAGAGGAGGCUGCCGCCGCCGCUGCUGCUGAGGCCGAGGCUGCCGCUGCCGCCAAGGAUGGCGAGUUCCCUGGUACAGCGGACGCUCUGAAAGAGAGCCUCAAGACAUCGGGUGGAGAGUCAUCGUCCGCUGUACCGCCUGACAAGCCACCAGUUCCUGCCGUGGUUGUGGAGGAGGAGACCCCCACCAAGAAGGCCAAGGAGGCCGGAUACAACACCUACAAUCCCUCCGCGACGGAGGAGGUACCACCCCCGUACACCAAGUCUUCUUCGCCAGGCCCUGGGUCAGGAGCGUCCACUCCCAAGCCCGGCGGCCGCACCCAGAUCCCUAUCCGGCCUGCGCUUAUGGAUCGGCCGUCGGAUGAGGUGUCUCAGCAGACGGACGAAGGUGACAAGAAGGGGAAGAAGUCCAAGGCAGGCUUGUCCAAGGAGCAGAGAGAGCAGCUUGCGGCGCUGGACAAGGAGCGCCAGCGGAUUCGCCAGGAACGCGUUGACACCCUGGCCCGCAAGCUCCUCGAUCGUAUUUCGGUGUGGACAGAGACGGAUCACGGCAAGGACGUCACUCGCGCGUUUCAGGAGAAGACAAGGCUGGAGGUGGAGGAGCUCAAGAUGGAGUCGUUCGGCAUCGAUAUCCUGCACGCCAUUGGCGCGACUUACUUCAGCAAGGGCACCACCCUUCUACGGAGCCAGAAGUUCUUUGGUAUGGGCGGGUUCAUCAGCCGUAUGAAGGACAAGGGCACGUUAGUCAAGGACACAUGGAACACGAUCAGCAGCGCUAUUGACGCCCAGCAAACGAUGGAGGAGAUGGCCAGGUUGGAGCAGCAGGGAGGGGAGGAGUGGACGGAUGAGAAGAAGAUCGAGUAUGAGCGCAGGGUGACGGGGAAGAUCUUGACGGCGGCCUGGAGGGGAAGCAAGUUUGAGAUUCAGAGCGUGCUUCGGGAUGUUUGCGAUGCUGUUUUGAACGACAAGAAGGUGCCACACGGGAAGAGGCUUGAAAGGGCGCAGGCGCUGGUGUACAUUGGUGAAAUUUGCCUGGCGGCCAAGCGCAGCCCUGAGGAGGAAGGCGACUACAUGGCAUUCGAGCAGCUUGUUGCCGAGGCGGCCAUGAAGAAGGAGAAGGAGUCGAAGAAGAAGGGCAAGGAUAAGAAGAAGGACGACGAGGACAAGAAGGCCGCCAAGCCUGGAGACAAGGCCUGGGAGGAGGCCGCUGCGUCAGCAGCCAACAGCGCGCCCAACGUUCCCAGUUCAUCAUGA